ACUUCCAACUCAAACCCAAAUGAACAACCAACAGAUCAAGCCAAACAACAACAAGACCUCAACCAAACUCAGACUCAAAGUACCAUCAAACCAAGACAAGAACCAGCAGAACAACCCAAACUCAACAGACGACCACCACCACCAUCAGAACCUGGGCAUCUCAAACUAUCUACAGGGCUAUGACAGAGAACUAGACUCAGAUCAGGAUGAACCGAUCGGAUUCGAAGAACAGUUCAUACUCAAACUGCCCGAAAGCCUCACCAAUGAAUCAAACAAACUACGCGAACUCGUCGAAUCGCGCAAGGAGAUCAACUCUGAACAACAGAACAUCUACUUCAAAUUCAAAGACUCCAGAAGGGGCAUCUUCAAUAUCGGCGACAAGAUGUUUGGAAUGAAAUUGGUCGACUUGCCCUGUGUAAUCGAAUCUCAGAAAACCUUCGACAAUAAACACAUGUUCAAAAUCGCUGAUAUCUGUCAGAUGAUCUUAGUAGAAGAUACCCCCAUCACAAACGAAUCCACUGUCACCCAAGGGAACUUCAACAUCCAAGACUUCAUCUAUCCACACGGCCUAACGCCGCCCUUACACCAUGUCCGAAAGAGACGGUUCCGGAAACGACUGAACAAACGGACCAUCGAGACCGUCGAGAGAGCGGUGGAAAGAUUGCUAGAGGAGGACGGGCGGGCGGACCAAGUGAUCAUCGACAUUGUCGAUAACGUCCGAGAUCUGAGCGACUCCGAGGGAGAGGAUUAUCAGCCCCCUCAAUCGGCAACCCUCGGCUUCGGCAACCAACCCCCUUCGAAGAUCGUCUACAACAAACCUCGGCCGAGUAUCAGUAGUCACGCCAAACGGAGCUCUAGCCAGCCAUUCGAUCCUCAUGGUCAGCACCAGCACCAGCACCAGCAACAUCAACAACAACACCGUCAUCAUCACGAUCAACGGUCGAAAGAAGGUCGGUCGCAUGACCAUCAACACGUUGAUCCAGACGGAUCUAUCCAGACCAUCACGGCCGACACACCGAUGGGAGAAUCGCUCGGGGCGCCCACGCCAGCCGGAGAGGAGUUCGAGGACAGAGGGACGAUGAAUGAUGAUGACGAGGGCAGUAUCGAUAGCGAUCUGGCGGCGGAGAUCGAGGCAGGCUUGAUGGAGAGUGCGGCGGCUGAGGAACGGGCGGCGGCGGGACUGACGGGCCCUGAAGAUGAGGAAGACGAGAACGACAGCGAAGAUCUGUUUGGAGAUGGAGAUAACGAUGAUGAAGAGGAAGAAGAAGAAGAGGAUGAUGAGGAGGAAGAGGAUGAUGACGAAGAAGAGACGAACGAGAUGUUGGAAGAUAAACAGCGGAUCCGACUGCUCCAAGGCGAACUGAAAGACCUCGAAGCGGCCGUCAAUCGGAAGAAGAUCGAGACCGCCGGGGCUAGUAAUCUGAUCGUCCGAAAACGGUUCGAAGAGGCCCUUAAGAAGCUUAACUUGGAAUUGGAGUCCAAGAAAAACCAGCUCAAUUCCACACAAGUCAGUCUACAGAACGCCAUCCUGGAUCGCAAGAAAGCCAAAGAACUGGCCAGCUUGGAGAAGAAGAAAGCCGCCCUCGACAAUCAGCCCAAUUCUAAUGAUCAGGAUCAAGUGGUCGUCUCUUCCCAUUCUUCGCCUCACCCUCCUGCUCAACCUUCUUCUUCUUCUUCUAAUUUAAAUCAAUCGGAAUUGGAUCACCUUACUCUUCAAAUCCAGCUUAAUGAUAACCCACCACAACCAGAACAUCAACAACAAGAAGGAGGACAACAACAAGAACAAACUGAAGAUCUCAAUCCAAUCUAAUGUCCCUUUUUGUAUCUACUCAACUCUUGAUAAUGAUGUCUUUUUUCUUCUUCUUGAAAUAACUUGGUUUGGUCUUUGAUUGACAUUAUUAGUGUAGAUUU